AUGGGCUGGGGCCAGAGAGUCGCUCCUAGAAGGUCCCGGCGGAUCCGCAAUGCCGAGCGGGGCCAGGGAGCGGCCAUGACCUCGGCUCGGUCUGCCUGUUCAGUAACACUUUGGGCUUCUCCGGGGCCGGCCUCUUUGGUUUUCUCUCAGACCCCUUGCCCGUCAGGGAUCUGGGGUGCGCCCGGAGCCGCCCGGCCAGGCUGCUGGACCGAGACCGCGGGUCCCGUGGGCUCUCGCUCUCCACGCCUGUGGCUGCGGGCGCCCCUCCCAGAAAGCUCCCUGCAAGCCCCCCUCUUGGCCCCGGCAGGGAUCGCCUUCACCCAGGACGGCCGCUACAUGGCGCUGGCGGAGCGGCGGGACUGCCAGGACCGCGUGAGCGUCUUCGUCUGCAGCGACUGGCAGCUCCUGCGGCACUUUGAUACGGAGACCCAGGACCUGGCGGGGAUCGAAUGGGCCCCGAACGGCUGUGUGCUGGCGGUGUGGGACACCUGCCUGGAGUACAAGGUCUUGCUCUACUCCUUGGACGGCCGGCUCUUGUCCGCAUACUGCGCCUACGAGUGGUCCCUGGGCAUCAAGUCCGUGGCCUGGAGCCCCAGCAGUCAGUUCCUGGCCGUCGGGAGCUACGACGGGAAGGUGCGCAUUCUCAAUCACGUGACCUGGAAGAUGCUCACAGAGUUUGGACACCCAGCCACCAUUAAUACUCCCAAAAUAGUUGUGUACAAGGAAGCCGAGAAGAACCCGCGGCCGGCGCUGGGCCGCCUGGCCUUCCCCCCGCCCAGAGCAGCGGCCGGCGCGGCACCCCCUACGGAGACCAAGUACGAGAUCGCCCCCGUGCCAGUCUCCUUACAGACCCUGAAGCCCGCCGCCGACAGAGCGAACCCGAAAAUCGGCAUAGGCGCGCUGGCCUUCAGCCCGGACAGCUACUUCCUGGCGACGAGGAACGACAGCGUCCCGAACGCCGUCUGGAUCUGGGACGUGCAGAAGCUGAGGCUCUUCGUGGUGCUGGAGCAGCUGUCCCCGGUGCGCUCCUUCCAGUGGGACCCGCAGCAGCCCCGGCUGGCCAUCUGCACGGGAGGCGGCAGGGUGUACCUGUGGUCGCCGGCGGGCUGCGUGUCGGUGCAGGUGCCUGGCGAGGGUGACUUUCAGGUGCUUUCUCUGUGCUGGCACACAAGCGGGGACUCGCUGGCCCUCCUCAGUAAGGAGCACUUCUGCCUGUGUUUCCUGGAAACUAAGGACAGGGUGGCACAGCCUUUGGAUGCCCAGGUGACCAUGCGCAGGACCUGUGAGUGAUGCCCGGGUGACCACGCAGGACCUGUGAGGGACCAGCCCCGGGUGAGGCACGCACCGGGGCAGGUGGCAGCUGUGGGGCAGGAGCCGGGCUUCGGCAGGGGAGGGGCCCCCCCUCAGCGGAGGCCCAGAGGAAAGGACUGACUUGUAUUUUUAUACAGCAUUUUUGUAAAUAUGUAUGAUAUGAAACUAGUUUUUAUUUAAAAUAAAUAUUGGCUAAAUCAUAAAA